AUGACCUCUGAACUUAAAGAAACCACAUUUGACAUAACGAAGUUUUUAGAUACGCUUGACUUCGCAGCAAAAAAGCAUAGUCGCCAGAAACGUAAAGAUGUUGAAGGAACACCAUAUAUAAACCAUCCAAUUGGCGUUGCAAAGAACCUAACAGACGCCGGUGUAUUUGAUUUCGCUACAAUUCAGGCCGCUAUAUUGGUAAAUAUUCGCCAAAGAACUCUGCAAGGUUACAAGGACUCUCAACAUACUAAUUAUCUUUGUAAUAUUAAGCAUGAUACUGUUGAAGAUACCGACACUACAUUUGAAGAAAUAGAAGAACUGUUUGGAGAAGAAGUUAGAAACAUUGUAGAAGAAGUCACCGACGAUAAAACAUUGCCAAAGUCGGAGAGAAAGAGGCUACAAGUUGUUACUACUCCACACAAGUCAAAAAAA